UUGACCCUCAUUCUACCACACAGCCCUAAGCGACCCAGCAUUUUCACACCGUACAAUCCUUAGAGGCCCAGUCAUGAGCAAGACGUAUUCAACUUCUGCCGAGACGGCUUCCUCUUACCGCCGUACCUUCGGCUCCGGUCUGAGCUCCUCCAUUUUCUCUGGCCGUGGUUCUGCUGGGUCCUCUCGUAUGUCUUCCAGAGUUUAUGAGGUGAGCAAGAGCUCCGCUUCUCCCAUUUAUUCCAGCCACCGCGCAUCCAGCUCUUCCUUGGGUGGUGGCUCAAUGGUCCGUUCCUAUGCCGGUCUUGGCGAGAAGCUGGACUUCAAUCUGGCCGAUGCCAUGAACCAGGAUUUCCUCAAUACACGCACUAAUGAGAAGGCAGAGCUGCAACAUCUCAAUGACCGUUUUGCCAGCUACAUCGAGAAGGUGCGCUUCCUGGAGCAGCAGAACCAAGCGUUGACUGUGGAGAUUGAGCGUAUGCGGGGCCGCGAGCCCACGCGUAUCGCAGAGAUGUAUGAGGAGGAGAUGAGAGAGCUACGCAGACAGGUGGAUGCACUGACCAAUCAGAGGUCUCGCGUUGAGAUAGAGAGAGACAACCUGGCCGAUGACCUACAGAAACUGAAACUGAGACUUCAAGAGGAGAUCCACCAGAAAGAAGAAGCCGAGAACAACCUCUCUGCUUUUAGAGCUGAUGUAGAUGCUGCCACUCUGGCCAGGCUGGACCUGGAAAGACGUAUCGAGGGCCUUCAUGAAGAGAUUGCAUUCCUCAAGAAGGUCCACGAGGAGGAGAUCCGUGAGCUGCAAAACCAGAUGCAGGAGAGUCAGGUACAGAUCCAAAUGGACAUGUCCAAGCCUGACCUGACCGCCGCCCUGAGGGACAUCCGCCUGCAGUACGAGGGUAUUGCUGCCAAGAAUAUCGCAGAGGCCGAGGAAUGGUAUAAGUCUAAGGUGUCAGAUCUGAACCAGGCAGUAAACAAGAAUAAUGACGCUCUCAGACAAGCCAAGCUGGAGACCAUGGAGUUCCGUCACCAGAUCCAGUCCUACACUUGUGAGAUUGACUCUCUCAAGGGCACCAAUGAGUCUCUGAUGAGGCAAAUGAGGGAGAUGGAGGAAAGGUUGGGUCGUGAGGCCGGAGGUUAUCAGGACACCAUUGCACGUCUUGAGGGUGAGAUCACAAAAAUGAAGGACGAGAUGGCUCGCCACCUCCGUGAGUACCAGGAUCUGCUGAAUGUCAAGAUGGCACUUGAUGUGGAGAUCGCCACCUACAGGAAGCUUCUGGAAGGAGAGGAGGGCAGGAUCUCUCUGCCUGUGCAGUCCUUUUCUUCCUUGAAUUUCAGAGAGACCAGCCCGGAGCAGCACCAAAAGCAACAACAGAGAGCAUCUGAAGUCCACUCUAAGAAAACAGUUCUGAUCAAGACCAUUGAGACCCGGGAUGGCGAGGUCGUCAGCGAGUCCACACAGCACCAGCAGGACAUCAUGUAAAGCCAAUGAAACAGAUCAAAUUUCAUUAGAAUCCCUUUCCCUAACUUAGCUACAUUUUCACCAAUGGCCUCAGGCUUUUUAUGCACACGCCCAGUAUUAUCAUGACCCAUUACUGCAUGUGUGGAUGACGCACAAAGACAAAAGGAAAGUGAGCUGAAGAACGAGAGGGAGAACGAGCGAAACGGCGCGAUACACAUACUCUCUGGAGUGUAAGUGGAGUCUGAAAGUGGCCAGUUGAUCUCAGAGUUUCUGUUUAUAUGAAUGUAUGCGUGCAUGUGUGGUUGGGUCAUAAUGGGAAAAUCUGAGACACUGUUCCACCUCUACAAAAACAAUAAACAGUAUUUCCCUCCUAUAAAA